AAUGAAUGGCAAGAAAUCGAAACAAACGAUAUCGUCUAAUCCAUGUGGUAAUAAUUGGAGUAAAGAUGAAGACAAAUUUGGCCAGAAAAUGCUUGAGAAGAUGGGUUGGGAGAAAGGAAAGGGAUUAGGUGCUAAUUUAGAAGGAAGAGCCGAACAUGUUAAGGUUAGCGCAAAGUCGGAUACUAGAGGUGUGGGCUUUGAUAAUGCAUCUUCGGAUGAAUGGCUUAGUCAUCAAACAGAAUUUUGUGAUAUUUUAAAAAACUUGAACGAUUUACAUUCAAUUUCUGCGAAAUCAUCAGAAGAAGCUCGAGACAAAAAACGAGAACCGAAAAUGAAAUCGGAUCGCGGUCGAUACGUUAAAGUAAGAAAGAGCAAGGAUAUUAAAAGCAAAUCAGAAGCUGAUUUAUCAUGCGUGUUCGGAGGAAAAAAGAAGGAAAAGAAGGGUAUUAGAACUGUUGAAUCAGCCGAAAAUAUGAAAGAAUACUUUGAAAGAAAAAUGAAAGAGAGAAAGUUAAAACUAGCAUCAACAAAUUAG